AUGCAAGACGCCCCAAACCCACCAGCCCCCGUCCGGGACGAAGAAAAGACACAACCAGACAUCGCCAUCCGAACCCUCGGCAUCUCGCCAGCCGACCUGCCACCCAUUGACACCGAAGACGAGACUCUCCAACGGAUCCCCUGGUCCUACAAAUGGAUCGCUCUUCUCUGCGUGGUUUCCCUCCCCAUUGGUCACACGUGGACGGGUUCCGCCCUGGGCCCGCUCAAGAACACGCUGCGUAACGAGCUCGGCGUCAACAAUGCCCAGUUUGGCGUCAUUAGCAGCGCUGAUGCCUUUGUCAACACCGUGUUCCCCAUCGUGGGUGGGCUGAUGCUUGACUGGUGGGGACCGAACCUCGUCACGCUGUGCUGCACCGCCGUGAUCCUCGUCGGGGUUCUUGUUAGUGGGCAUGUGCUCAUGGGGUUCGGAAUUGCGGUGCUUGAUUCUGCUACGCAAAAGUUCUUCUACCACUGGUUCGGCGCAUCAGGUCUCGCCUUCGCUUUCGGCCUCGAGUCCGCCAUCGCCAACACGGUCAGUCUCGUCUCAGGCAUGGUCGCCAUCCCCAUCCGCGACGGAACGGGCUGGUACGGCUGGACGUUCUGGAUCCCCGUCUUCUUCUGCGGCUUCUCCCUAGUAGUCAACAUCGCCUACGUAACCUUUGAACGCCUCGCCGUCCCGCCGCGAUUCCAAUUGACAUCGGGCCGCGCCCGCGCCAUCGCCGAGCAGCAGAACCUCUCAGAACGCCGCCGCUUCUCUUGGAACGUUUUGUUCGCCUUGCCGUGGGCCUACCUCAUGCUUCCCGCGACGCAGCUGCUCCAGAGUGGCGCCGCGGGCGGCUUCAGCACCAGCUCGGCUGACAUCAUCUUCUUGAAGGGGUACACGGAGGAGAAGAUUCUGCCCAUUGUGUUGAGCCCGUUUGUCGGUCUUGCUAUCGACAAGUACGGACAUCGGUUCCACUACGUUGCGACGGCGCCGGUGUUGUGGAUUAUUGCUUGCGCCAUGUUGGGGUUCACCGACGUCCAUCCGCUUGCGGCGCUUGUGUUUUCUAGCUUGGCGGGCGUGAUCAAUUCGAUGCCGUUGCAGAUUUGUAUUCCGCUGCUGGUGGCGGACCAGGCGAAGAUUGGGACCGCAUUUGGGGUGUGGAGGGCUUUUAACAAUUCUGGAUCGACGAUUAUGGACGUCGUCUUUGGCGCGCUACAAGAUGACACGGAGGGGAACGGCUACUCAAAGGUCUUGACCGUCGCGAUUGCCAUCAAGGCUUGGGCAUUUGUGCUGGGUCUGUCGUAUAUUGUCGUCGAUUAUCAGUUCUUGGGCAGGGGCAUGACCUUGACCAGGAAGCAGAGACAGGCGAGGGAGGCCUUGAUCGUGGACAGGCAGGCGGAUCCGCUGACGAGACGGACGUCGAAGAAGUGGUUUACUACUUUGACGUUUGGGUUGUUGAUCGCAAUCAUUGUGAGUGCUUGGGCUGUAUUUGUGAGAUACUUGAUUUGAAAGACCAGGGCAUAGUUUGUCUGCCGAUCACGAGCAGAGUGACAUCAAAGGUCGGGAGCCCUACAGUACACUUGUAAAGUUGCCGGAACCUGUAGUAUCGAUCUGCAGAAUGGAUGUACGAUGGCCCACCCUCGGCUAUCCAGACUAUGGUAUCUGGUGUGUGACGACGUUUGCUACUCG